UCGGGAUUAUUCAGUUAUUCUUCUCAUCUUUUGAAGUUCGGAGUUGAAUUGUGGAGCUGGUCUCUUUACUAAAUAAUUAAAUAAAGCCAUUUGAUUCAGUUUUUCUCUUUGAGAUUAAUUCUGGAUAUUGAUACUGUUGACAUUUAUUUAAUAAAAAGGAAAUUAAUAAUUUAUCACUUGUCAAGGAAUAAAAGUUUAUGUCUAAAGUUUGGAACUGUCGGGCCUAAACAAAGGAUUGUUAAGGAACGGAAAUAAGUACAUGAUUGGCAACUAUUCGAAUAUGAUAAUUUUUCGCAUUAAAAAGUUCAUCAUAAGACAUAUUGACGGAGGAUUAAAGGCCGAUAAAGACGUUUAAUCGGAUUCAAAUAUUAAAGAUUAUCAUUGAUUUAUAUUUUUGUUCUAAAAAUACAAGCUCAUCAACUUUUUUUCGUACAAUUAUCAAUUACGCAGUAUUAAGACGAGUGACGUCUUUUCUUGAAAUUUUAAGAAUUACCGUACUUUAAGUUCCUGAAGAAAUGGCUUUGGAUUUUGUCGCAGGUUGUUUGGGGGGAUGUGCAGGUCUUCUCGUGGGUCAUCCAUUUGACACUAUCAAAGUUCAUUUACAAACACAAGACUUUAAAAAUCCACUUUACCGUGGCACAUAUGAUUGUCUCAAGAAAAUUGUACAGAAAGAGUCAAUCAAUGGCUUGUAUCGUGGAAUGUCUUCACCAAUGGCAUCGAUUUCCGUUUUAAAUGCAAUCGUUUUCGGCGUUUAUGGGAAUGUUCAAAGACGAAUGUCUGAACCUGAUUCACUUUUUGCACAUUUUUGUGCUGGAACAAUAGCUGGGUUGAGUCAAACAUUCAUCAGCAGUCCCAUGGAUCUUGUGAAAAGUCGGCUUCAAAUUCAAAAUGGAAUUCCAAAUGCUAUCAAACAUAAAAGUCCUUUUGCAUGUCUGAACCACAUUUGGAAGAACGAAGGAAGACAUGGCGUAUUCAAAGGCUUUGGAAUUACAAUAGCAAGAGAUGUGCCAGGUUUUGCAAGUUACUUUGUAUCGUUUGAAUGGAUGAUGCGGAAAAGGGAAAAUCCUGGUGCACUGUAUACGCUUUUGGCUGGUGGUCUAGCAGGAUCUUUCUCUUGGCUAAUCUCGAUCCCAAUGGAUGUUAUCAAAUCAAGACUUCAAGUUGAUGGAAUGGAUGGUAAACCACAAUACAAUGGCGCUAUUGACUGUGUUAGAAAGAGUUACAAAGCUGAAGGAAUGGGAUUUCUAACACGAGGCUUAUGUGCAACAUUAAUCAGAGCUUUUCCAAUGAAUGCAGUUUGUUUCCUUGUUGUUUCAUAUGUUAUGAAAUUCUUUGACAACAAAAACAUUGAUGUAACAAUUGUAAAACCACAAACACUCGCAAUUGCCGAUUCUUACACGCAAACAGUCAUAAUACGCGGUAAUCGUCAACAAAAUGAUCACCACAAACACAAAGCAAGAGCAAAGUACAUGAUCUUCCUCGAUGGAUUUCAUGAAGCAUCAUGUCACGUUGAAAUGAUGGACUUAUCAGACGAGCUCAGGGAAAAGCGAUUCAACAAUGAAUAUUUUUACAAAAUGAACGAUGGACUUCUAUCAGUGGAUUUAUCGGAAGAUGAGAUGAAAACUCCUUUAAAUAUAUGUUGAAAUAUAUGUUGGAUAGAACGCUUGAAAUUAAAUUUAAUAAGAAAAUCAAACUAUUUUUAUUUAAGUUCGUUGAUCUAUGAUUAAUGAAAGUUAAUAAAAUGUUAAUUAAUUUUUUAAAUGUUUGUCAAUCUAACGCAAGCAGAA